CCCGCCGUCAAAACAUCUACGACAAAAAAAGGAAAGCCAGAAGCCUGCCGGAAAAUUGGGCGAUAUGGGUGUUGGACGCCGCAUGAAGAAACAGGGCCCUCCCGAGCCCUUGUCAGAGGAACAUUUCGCCAACUUGAAGCGGAAAAAGGGACUCCCCGUCGACGACGUCCCAACUGAAGACCGCUCGAGCAAGAAGCGUCGCACAUCUACGAAGUCGGAUAAACCUGCUAAGAAGCGUCGCGAGGAGGCAUCAAAGGAUGAAGUCACAUCCAAAACUGCGGAUAAACAAGCCAAUGGCACCAAGAAGGCACCGGGCGCGCCAGAAAAUGGCGUGAGAGCUGCAAAGGCGAAGUCAAAGAAAGCAGCCAUCCCUGAACCCGAGUCAGACGAGGAGAUGGGUGACGAGUAUGGCGCUUCUGAUCUUGAAGUGUCUAGCGGGUCUGAGCCGGAUGAGAAGACACUCGGUGAUGAUUUCAUGGCGUCCGAAGAUGAAUCAGUCUACGACUCGGAUGAAGGGAAUACCAAGAAGGAGAAGUUUGUAUUUUCCGACGACGAGGAUGAGGACGACAAGGACCGGGAGGAAAAGUUGACAGCCGCCAACAUCGAGGGUCUCUCGCGAAAGUUGGACGAGAAACUUGCGAGGGAGGCCGAAGAGAACGAAGCGGAACUGCGCCAACAAGCGCUGCAAACCAACAUCGACGGCGAUAAACCUAAAAUCCUCGGCGAUGAUGAGGAGGAUGAGCUAAUGACGAAGAAGCAGGGUCUUUUGGCGCCUGACCUUCAGAUGCUGAGGACCAGGAUAACAGAGACGAUCCGGGUGUUGGAGGAUUUUUCGAACUUGGCCGAAGAAGGGAGGAGCAGAGCCGAGUAUACCAGCCAACUACUCAAAGACUUCUGUGCUUAUUAUGGCUACAACGAAUUUCUGGCAGAAAAGCUCAUGAAUCUUUUCCCGCCAAGAGAGGCAUUUGCUUUCUUUGAAGCCAACGAGACCGCUCGUCCUGUUGUCAUUCGAACAAACACCUUGCGGACGCAUCGCCGCGAUCUCGCCCAAGCUCUCAUCAAUCGUGGUGUUACUCUGGAGCCAGUCGGGAAGUGGUCCAAAGUUGGCCUGCAAGUGUUUGAGUCGAGCGUUCCGCUGGGUGCCACUCCUGAAUAUUUGGCUGGUCAUUACAUCCUUCAAGCCGCGUCCUCAUUCCUCCCAGUCAUGGCGCUCUGCCCUCAGGAGAACGAGCGCUGCCUAGAUAUGGCUGCAGCCCCUGGUGGUAAAACGACGCAUAUGGCAGCAUUGAUGAAGAACACCGGUGUCAUCUUCGCAAAUGAUCCCAACAAGUCUCGUGCCAAGGGUCUAAUUGGCAACAUCCACCGCUUGGGUGCUAGGAACGUUAUAGUUUGCAAUUACGAUGCCCGUGAAUUCCCCAGAGUGAUUGGUGGCUUUGACAGGGUGCUGUUGGACGCACCCUGCUCCGGAACUGGCGUUAUUUCCAAAGACCCCUCAGUCAAAACCAACAGGGACGAGAAGGAUUUCAUUCAACUCCCCCACACCCAGAAGCAGCUGCUUUUGGCGGCCAUUGAUUCAACCAACCAUGCGAGCAAAACGGGUGGCUACAUCGUUUACUCUACAUGUAGCGUCGCAGUUGAGGAGAACGAGCAGGUCGUUGCAUACGCACUGAGCCGUCGGCCUAAUGUCCGGCUCGUCGAGACCGGUCUUCCCUUCGGCAAGGAGGGCUUCACCAGCUACAUGGGCAAGUCAUUUCACCCGAGUCUCAAACUUACACGCCGGUUCUACCCUCACUUGUACAACGUCGACGGGUUCUUUGUGGCCAAGUUUAAGAAGAUUGGUCCUACACCGCCCAAUGCAGUCCUGGCCAACGGCAAGAAGGAUAAGGAUGCCGCGGCGACGAAGGCCGCUGGCGAGGAGGAGGUCAUCGACAAGACCCCUGUUGGGGUGGAAGAAGCCGAGAAGGAGAAGGACGACUUUGGCGGGUUUGACGAUGAGGAAGACGCAAACUACAUUGAGCGUGCUAAGCGGAACGCCAUGCGGAGACGUGGUCUGGAUCCCAGAGCGCUGAAAAAAGGGCAGGAGAAGAAACCUCCCAAGGAGACGGAGUCCAAGGAAACAGCAAACCAGGAGGCCAGCGACAAGGCCAAGGACAAGACAAAGGACGAGGCAAAGGAGGCCAAGGAAAAGUCCGCAGAUGCCAGGGAGCAAAACAAGGAAAAGCCAAAGGAGAAGACAAAGAAGUCGAAGGGGAAGGAGAGGAAGUAGACGGCUCAAGAUAGAAAACUGUAUUCCUGCAGUGUCGCGCUCAAUUAACAUGCAAU